AUGAAGCUGAUCAAGUUACAAUUAUGUCUGACUCUUUUUUUAAAAUUUGUAGAAGGAAAUCCUGGAGCACAAAUAUAUUGGUCCUCAGUUACAAACGCCUCUAACCCAACGUUCUUCUCGGAUUUUAAUGUGAACAUCUUUAACGACACAGAUGGUAUCACGAAACUCAAUUUGACUUUUACUCAAAUAGAGGACAUGGAAAAGUUUAUAAUAACAAUUGUAAUUAAACAAAAUUCCAAGAAAGGCAUGAAAGAUUUUGAUCGCGAAUUGUUAAGAAUUAAUGCCGACACGUGCAAACAAUCCCAGGGCACAUUCAAAGAUUAUAUUGUACGCUCCAUUUAUAAAGACAUUAGAAAAUAUUCCACUGUAAAAUUUUCAUGUCCUCAGCCAAAAGGUACAUUCUACCUCAGAAAAUUUAUAUUGCCUGGUUCUAUACCGUUUAUGGAUAAAUUUCUAAGGAAUGCUUUCAGAGGAUAUUUUGAAUUCAGUUUUCUGAUAAGAGCGAAACCAUUCAACAAGAAAUUAGCCGAUGGCUUUUGUGUGAAAGUUUAUGGAGUUUAUUCAUUUGAAUGA